GCAAUAGCGAAUUCAGAUAUAAAUAAUAUAAAUACCUAUCUCUAAUAGAGACUCGGCAGAGAUACUGCACCGUCGCAUCGCAUCGCGAAUCACCUCACGCAUCUGGAGGCUGGAAACUGGACGCCUGGAUACCGCAAUGUGAUACGGCCGCCGCACACCGUGGUUUCCGGAGCACGACCCCCUUUUCUGCCAAUGAUCAGCGCGAGAAGCAAGGCGCUGAAAGCACAGUUUCCAAUACGAAAGCACCUCUUCAGGCAAAAAGCGUUGGGGGAAUCUCGUGGGAGAAGAGGUUCAUUGUCGAGGAAGGAAAUGCAGAGAGCGAAGAGGAGGAAGAAGACCAAACGAAACGAAACAAAACGAAAACCGCACCGCUCGAUAAUCUAUAGGUAUAAGGUAUAUCGGAGACAGGACUGGAGAGAGAGGAUCAGGAAAAGGACAGACUGUACACACCUUCGUUCGUAUCUUACGAAGAUAGCUCCAGAGUACAGUACAUUGUAUGUACAUUGUAUUCGUACCUGUCCCCAGCGGCGCAUUAUUGUUCCCACUCCCUAUCGCCCCGAUCCCCAUCUCCAUCUCCAUCUCCAUCCCCAUUCCCCCCCAUCUCCAUCCCCCAUCUCCGUCCCCAUUCUCCCCCCCCAAUCCACCUUCUAAUACAUCCACCAUCGUUACGCUGCUCUUUGUCCAAUUGACCUCGUCUUCCUGUGCAUCUCCCCUUUACUCGGCAUUUUCCCUCCUGUACAGCUCGUCCAUACCGUGC